UCCUUUCACGUCUAGCUUCCACAAUGUCACAAAGUCAACCCCCCGUCGACACUGCCAGCGUUCACGAGAAGGACAAGUCUGUGAUCGAGGAGUCGGCGUCAGUGGACUCUGAAAUCGACCUGCUUUCUUACCAUGAGCAUCGUGCUGGCCGUUUGGUGGUGGAUCCCAACGAAGCUCGGGUUGAAUUCGGUGAAAAGGUCGCAUCGAAGUUGAAACUCACAAAGGACGGAUCCAAGGUCCUUUGGCCUCAGCCUACUGAUGACCCCGAAGACCCUCAAAACUGGAGCUCUCGUCGCAAGGCAAUUCAAUUGAUCAUCAUUACGCUGGCUGCCAUUGUACCAGAUUUUGAUUCGGGGAUAGGAAUUGCUUCUAUAUUUGCGUUGGCGGAACAGUUUAAUACGACCACGGGCGUGAUCAACAACUUGACUUCGAAUUGGAGUAUCUUCCUUUUGGGAUGGGGAAGUAUCUUUGCUGUCAUGCUUAUGCGACGUUUUGGUCGUCUGCCUGUGCUUUUCUGGACGCAGGUAUUAAGUCUUGGAUUCCUUGUCGGAUGCACUUUUGCACCAAAUCUCAAUACAUUCACGGCAAUGCGAUGCUUAACAGCAUUCUUUGGAACGUGUCCGCAAGUUACAGGACUAUAUAUAGUCACCGAUAUCUACCCUUUCCAUCUUCAGGCUCGAAAGCUGAACAUAUGGACUAUGGGCUUCAUCAUAUCCCCUUUCUUGUCGCCAUUUGCAUUCGGAUUUUUAGUUGCGCGUGCAAGCUGGCGAUGGGCCUAUGGAAUUGGGUCAAUCUAUGGUGCCAUAGUGCUCGCCCUGAUUGUAUUUUUCGGUGAAGAGACUAUGUAUGAUCGAACAGUCAAGCCUAUUCCUCCACGCCCAUCGUUCGGGCUUCGAUACCGCAUUGAAACACUCAUCGGGGUCACGGGCCUCAAGAUGGCUAAGUAUCGGUCUUCCUGGACAGAUAUCAUGUUGGGGUGCAUUGACAUUGUAUGGCGCCCACAUCUGCUUGGUAUACUGUUCUUCGAAACAACCAAUGCCGUCUUUCUCGGGGCACCUGCUCCAGUUGGAUUUGGGUUCAGCCCCUUCGCCAUCGCUGGUGCCUAUGGCACACCCAUUGUUGCCGUGCUCAUUGGCGAAGUAGUCGGCCGAUUUCUAAACGAUUGGAUCAUGAAUGUGAGUAUUCGUCGCAAUGGAGGUGUUUUCGAAGCGGAAAGUCGGCUAUGGACGUGCUACCUUGCCGUACCUUUGUAUAUCUGCGGGUUCGUCGUUUUGGGGGCAUCUCUACAAAUGCGUCUCUCGCCUGGUGCGCUUGUGAUGGGUUGGGGUAUCGCAGAGGUUGCUGUGAUGAUCAACACUGUUGCUGUUUAUGCCUACUGUAACGAUUGCUUCCCUAAGCGGCAGGGAGAAAUCAGUGCACUGGUGAACCUUGCACGCACGCUUGGAGGCUUCAGCGUCGCAUACUUCCAAGUCCCAUGGGCUACAAAGCACGGAGCACUGCAGACAUUCGGUGUAGAGGCCGCCAUUGUAACCGGCCUGUUUUUCCUCAUCGUACCGUGGAUUCAAAUCAAAGGGAGCCGACUCCGGGAACGCUUUUCUGUAUAAGAGAUGUGGUGGUCCUAUGCCCAGGCCGGUGAUCGGUAGUGGGGGAAGAGACACCUACCUGUUAUGAUUGGACGACGUGAUGCUAUAACGUUUGAUGAUCGUGUAUGAUCCUUGUGUACAGUUCACUUACAGAUGAAAAUUUGAUGAUUGUAAUC